ACUGUUCAAAAAAAUAUUGUUACUGAUCUUUUUUUGAGAAGAAAUCAGACAAAAUGGUGAUGCCUUUUAUCUUCAUGUUGCUAGGGUUUUUUUCCACAAAACCAAAUGUAGAAGCAGCACUUUCUUGGCAGCAUGCCCAUGCCACUUUCUAUGGUCCAGGUACUGGCGGUGCUUGUGGAUAUGCAAAUCUUAAUACCGAUGGGUAUGGAUUCAAAAACACAGCUUUAAGCACAGCUUUGUUCAAGAAUGGUGCGGCCUGCGGUGGGUGCUAUGAGAUUACUUGUGAUUCUGCCAAAGACCCUCAAUGGUGCAUCAAGGGGAGAUACAUUACAGUUACUGCUACAAAUUUCUGCCCACCAAAUUCCAGUCUUCCUAAUGACAAGGGAGGAUGGUGCAACCCUCCACUCCAACAUUUUGACAUGUCUACGCCUGCCUUUGAAGCUAUUGCCCAUUACAAAGCUGGGAUUGUACCUGUUCACUAUAGAAAGAUUCCAUGCACCAGAAGUGGAGGCUUAAGAUUUACGGUAACUGGAAAGAGCAACUUUGAGCUAGUGCUAAUAUCAAAUGUAGGAGGAACUGGAGAGAUCUCACAGGUAUGGAUGAAAGCGUCAGGAUCAAACAAAUGGGAAUCCUUGACGAGGAAUUGGGGGGCUAAUUGGCAGAGCCUAAGCAAUCUGCAUGGGCAGAGCUUGUCGUUCGCAGUCCAUGCAAUCGACGGGCGUUCCGUCACAGCUCUUGACGUGAUACCUGCUAACUGGGCGUUUGGCCAGUCCUUCAAAAGCAAAGUUAAUUUCUAGAAUAUGAUUUGUUUAAUAAUUUUUUUUUUUUUGAAAGGGAUUUGUUUAAUAAUUUUAUAAAUUCCUUUUCCAAUAUCAAUAAAAUAUUUGUAUGAUUAAAAUUACAUAAAUGUCAAAAAUUAAUCGACGCCUAAUACAA